UGACAACGGUGCCAAUAUGAGGUUUGUGGUACUUAGAUGGCAUGGAAAUAUUAAUUCAGAAUAACAUGGGUCACCACUGCUGUGUACCACGUUGCAACUCCAAUAGCCGUAAUUCUGGGAAUGGAUCACUUACCUUUCAUGCUUUUCCUGUUGACCCAAAGGAACGGAAGCUCUGGAUUCUUUGUGUAAGAAGAGCUGAUUACAAAAAGCUCACAGUUAACAAGCACACUAAAGUUUGUUCUAAGCAUUUUCGGGAUGAAGACUUCAUACAGUCUCAGUAUUCAAAGAGACGCAUGUUGAAGAAAGGUGUAGUGCCAUCUUUGUUUGCAUGGACAAAAGGAAACAAGGAACCAUCUAAAUGUGAAAAGAAAACUGAACCUUCUUCAAAAGAUUAUGGUGACAAAGUGUUGAAAGAAAAAUCCAAAGUCCAUACAUCUCGUGAGAGAAGCAAAAAUGCUAGUCGUGUUGAACAAUUUGAGAUCAAAGGGUCAGACAGGGAGCGUUCUGGAAAGGCUAAAGUUGAACCUUCAGCUUCUAAAAGCUCUGUGAAUACCAUGGAAAGAAAGGUCAAGGAUAAAACUGCCAAGAGAGAGUCAAAUAAUUUGAGUGACUUGAAAUCAGCAAGCCCCUCCUGUGUGUCUCCUACUAAGUCGGAUGAUUCAGAGCAAGGGAGUGUUAGUGAUGUGACAGCUACAAAUGGAAAUAGUCCCAACAGCAAUACUAAUGACGCGCCUAAUAGAAAGCAAGAAUCCUCACUCAACUUCCAGAUUGGUGCCAGACUAGAAGCUAAAGACCUAGGAAGCGAAAUAUGGUAUCCUGUUAAAGUUGUAGAAGUGGACUGGGAUGAUGAAGAAAUAUUGAUACAUUUUGAAAAAUGGUCUCAGCGCUAUGACGAAUGGAUCCCAAUGGACAGCUCUCGACUUCGACCCACACAAAAUCCAUGUCCACAAAAUGAGGGUAAGAAUGCAUCCAAGGUAUUCAGUGUUGGUGAUCGAGUGAUGGCAAAGUGGAGUGACUGCAGGCGGUAUCCAGCCAAAGUGAAAGCUGUGUUGGGAAAUGACAGGUAUGAAGUAUUGUUCUUUGAUGGUUUUACCAAAAAUGUGAAGGGUAUGCGAAUGUCAAAACUGGUAGGUGAAGCAGAUAAGGUUGAGGAGGUAAAUCCUGAUACAUCAGAGAAAAUGCCCCCACCAGCAAUAGUUAAACCUGUUACAAAGAAUGAGGUCACUUCUGAAGCCAUAGGUACAAAACAGGAAAGGCGAGAACGCAAAAGGAAAAUAAAUGUUGUUGAAUUGUUUCAUCCAAAGAAACGCCUGAGACUUGAUUCUGAGUCAUCUUCAAAAUCUUUGCUAGAAAUUGAGAGAAGGAAGGCAGAGAAGCGGAACAAGCAUAAAGAUAGUUACAACAUUGCAAAUGAGGGUGAUAAUAAUGAAGGUGAGAAGAGUUAUGUCAACACAGACACAAAUGUGACUCCACAAGGGUCAGUUCUGGGUUCAGAAAUAGAUGAGACGGUGGAGGAAAGAAAGGUUGAUGAGGAUACUGUAAGCAGGUCAAAGAAGAAGACUGGGGCAAGAUCCAGAGGAGGUGCAGGUGAGAAAGCAGACAAGCCCCGGAGUGGUGGCUUUCGACAGGGAGAGACUCGGGAGAAAGCUAAAUCUGUUGAAGUGAAAUCCUACACGAGGAAAAUUCCACGGAAGAUUUCCCCUGGGGGUCAAGAAUCUCUUUCCACACCUUCCAAGUCAAGACGGGACUCCAGCAAGGUUUCGGCAGGGAACACAGAGGAUGAUGAUGUCCCACGCAGAAGGAGGAAGGAUUCUUCUGUUGAUUCAUCCAAGUCUAGUAGUACGUCUAAUCGUAGAGAGAAUGAGAAAGAAGAAAUGGUGAAAUGGGAACAUGACGGACAGGAUAGUUACAUUGUUGAAAGUCCUGAUGGGCCCAGGAAGACCACUGUUGUUCCUGAUGAUAACCUUCCGAGUGGCUGGAGUAAACAUACAAUCCAACGCAAUCCUCAGGGACGCAGGUUCCGGUCUCGUAAUGAGUUGCGACUAUUCUUUGAGGAAAAAGGGGAACCUUUUAAGGAAGAAAUGUUUGACUUCUGCCUCAGUGGUAAAAAGCGGAUGUCUCGAACUCCAGAUUGUAGCCUUCCAGAGGGAAGGAAAAUAUGUCGUGGUGCUGGUGGUAGAACUAAGACAGUAGUAAGUCCUGCUGGUGAUGGGGGAGAACAGCAACCAUUAUCACUACAGCAGAAACCACAGGUGCAGCCACAGCGUCGGGUUAAAACCUUGCUGCCCAAAAUUAGACGCACAUCAGCAUUACAAUCUGAAGAUGGCAGUGGCGAGAAACACAUUGAACCGUCAACACCUCCACCACCAUACACUACUACUGUAGCUCCAGUACCUGCCAAUAAAAUUCAGACUGAAGUGCUUGAAGGUGAAGUUCUUGUUGGUGGCUUAAAAAUUCAAAUGGAAAACAAUACAUUCAAGUGUCCGAAAGAUGGCUGUGGCAAGAAUUUCCGUAAAGAAAAUUUAUUACAGAUGCAUCUCAAGCAUUAUCAUCCAGAGUACAACAAAUUCAUGGGUUCAACGCCAAAUGUGGCUGAUCUGGCUUAUGCUCGAACAAUUGGCGAAUCAAUUGAUGACCUCAUACCUAAAUCAAGAUAUACUGGUGUUGGUUCUGUUGGUGUGAGUGGUACAACCUACUCAGAAAAGUCAAAUCGUUUUGAGCCGACUCGUAAAUCUAAAACUGCUGUUGCUGGUGUUGGUAGUGGUAAGAUUGGAGGAGUAGGGGGAAUUGCAGGUGGAGGGGAUUGCAGUCCUGCACCUGAAAAAAAGAAGGUAACAACCAAGGAGAAACAACAGUCUACAGUACCUGCAAAAAAACCUGGGAAAGGAAUGGUUGGUGACACUGAUGGACAAGCACAAGCUGAUGAUGCAUCUGGCGAGAAUAAGGAGUCAAGUGAAGAGAAGCCAACACUUGUUGAUAACCGGGAGAAUACAUCAACCCCAGUUGCUGAUAUUGCAACAGCAAUAACACACAGGGAAGAGAAGAAGGAUCCACAGACUACAAUUAAAACUUUAAUGCCAGUAAUUCGUUCACCAUCACGUGUUCAAGACAUAUCUGCAUCUGAGCGGUUGAAGAGUAAAUUGCCAGUAGUUGAGGAAGGCGAAGAGUAUGUUGAGGUAAUUGAUGUUGGACCUAGGCAAGUACCAUCUACUCAUACCACUACUCUCAGGUUUACCCCUCAGACAUCAGGAACAACCCCACAAGGCUCUACAAGUUUCACAAAAUCUCUUCGUACCAUUCGUCGACGCCGUCUGUCAGACUUCCAUUUUGAACCUUUGUAUAAGAGGCGUAAGUUAGCAUCAGCAUCAAAAUUGGAUAUAUUGGCAAAUGUGGAUGUAGUGGAUGAUGGUGGAUCUUGUGUGGAUGUGGCAACUUCAGCGCCUCCAUAUCGUUACAGCAAAAAGAAGACACCUGUUGUUCACCUGGAGAAGUUAAAUAUUGUCACAGAUAGUAAUGGUCGCAUCAUUUUGUCUCCCUCCGUCCAGGACCAAGCUGAAAGCAAGUUGCUUGAAAUUCCAGCAGAACGCUCUCCAGUGGAACACUUACGGAAGGAGGAACUGAUUAACUGCACAUGUGGUUUCAUGGAAGAGGAUGGACUCAUGAUUCAGUGUGACCUCUGUUUGUGCUGGCAACAUGGCAUAUGUAAUAACAUUGAAAAGGAAACAGAAGUACCAGACAAGUAUGUGUGUCCUAUUUGUUUAAAUCCAUAUCGCCAGCGCAAAUCAAAGAAAUACUUGCACGACCAAGACUGGCUUAAAGAAGGAAAACUGCCAAGUUUGUCUUUCCGUUCAAAGAACGAGUCAAAUAUUCUUGAAAGGGAGGCCAUUUUAAAGAGAUCUCAUGAUCUGACAGGGUCAUUACUACAGAUUCAGCAGGUUCUUCAUAGUCUGAGGGUGAAAGUCAAUAUUGCAGGGAAGUCUGAUCACCCAAAAUUGUAUCUAUGGGCUAAAAGCUGGGAAAAAGAAGGAGAAAAUUCUUCAGCACUACAAACAUCUGUAUCUCAGGCGCAGGCGGUGACUGAAAAUGAAUUCAAGCCACAACUUGAAAACGCUACACCAUGCACUCACAGCGGGGAGAAGCUGGUGUCAGACGGCAACCAUGUGGCUAAACCCAAAGUUACAGAAGAGAAAUAUAUCGUACCCAUUACUGAUCACUCUGGGAAUGGAGGAGUUGUAAAUAUAGAUACUAGUAAACGAGAUUCAGUAACAGAAGAAAAUCCAGUGAAUAUAGAACAGCAGGUUCAGGAAGAAAUUGUAGAUGUUGAAACAGAAACUUCUGAAGUUGUUUCUUCAGUCGAUGUUGUGAAAGAUGAGAACAAAUUACAGAGUAAAACAAUGAAAGAAGAUAAUGGAACAAAGACUGAAGCAUUUACUGCAGAGAAAGAUGAUAAUAAAAUCAUGUUUUCUUCUAGUGUAGGUUCUUCAUUAAGCAAUGAACAUUUUUCAUCCACCACUGGUCAGAGUAAUUCUGAUACUACUUCUUUACCUCUAAAUGAACAUACUGAAACAAAAACAGGUGAAAUGCACUUGAAGACUGAAGAAGGUGUAGCAGGCAAAGCAGAUUCACCACAAUCAGAAGCACAUUCUACUGUAGAACAAGUACAAGAAAAAGAAGAAACUUCCGAUACAAUCGUUAAAAACCUGGAAGUGCAGUUUGAAAAGAAAGAAAAUUGUGUUACAAAACUAAAAGUAACUGACAUGUGUAAUUUGUCAGAAGAUGUCAGUAAGCGACCUGAUUCGAGCCCAGAUGAAGGAGCAUUGAAGUCCAGUAGUGAAGAGAAACCUGAUGAAACCAUUCCUCAGCCGGAGAGUCAUGGUUUGUUGCAUCAAGCCCUGACAAACGGAAGUCAGACAGCAAACCCGCUAAGUAAUGGUGGUGUAGGAAGUCAGAUGGAAACAUCUGGUCAUCCCAUGUUGCAGCUACCGAUCUGCCAAUCAGAGCUCAUGCAGUUUGCCAACACUAUGGCAGAUAAUCUGAGAGAAACAGAACCAUCUCGUCCUCCUGUAUCUGAACCUCCAAGGUCACCUCAACCUGAAGCGCCCAUCGACCCGGUUGAAUGUCGGCUUUGUCUUCUUGAUCACAUCGAUCAUUUCCAGACACAAAUUGAUACAAGAUUGACGAUGCUCGAGGAACAAGUAGCAGCUCUUGAAUCUCAAGACCCAGACGCCGCAAAAGAUGAAGCACCCGACUUCUAUCCGCAGACCAAACAGACGAUUCAGAUGCUGCUCCGUGAUCUCCUCACUGUGCGAAGAAUUGCUGCUCUUAACUGAGCUAAUAGUAAUUUUGGAAGGAUGAAGUAAGCACUUUCACGUUACGUCUGAUCAGGAGAUGGAAAUUAGUGUACCGUCUGCUGUUUGUGUAUCUUUUCUUCUCAUCUAGGAUUAGAAGUGUAGAUGGAUUUAAGUUUUUAAAUGUCUGUUGCUUGUACCUCAAAAUAACGAUGUUGGCCGAUAUUAUAAUUUUUACUGAAAUUAAAUUGUUUUGUUGGCUUUACUGUAGUAGCUUGUUUGCUACAUUUACAACUGAACUUUCAGACUGUACAAGUAUUAUUAUGAAGAAGAAAUUUUGUAAUUGAAAUUUUAUUGUCAACUGAAUCUUACAUUAGGUUCCACCAUCUAAAGAUCAUUAAAAGAAACAGCCAUAUUCAUAAUUUUAACUAAACACAGUAAUGAUGUUAAUUACGAGUUUUUGGGCGCUUGUGGCUUCUGGACAUUUGAAUAGGGUGAUAAUGCUCUUACAUAUCUCAGUGGUAAAAAUUUGUAUUAAUGUGAUUUUAUAAUUUAUGAAAUUCAGUUUUUCCCCCUCAGAAAUCGGUAUAAGUUAUGAUAAAAAUCUAACAAUGUAAAAAUCAAAGAUACGGAAUCAUCACAAACUUACAAUGUUGCAUAAAAAAUGUACAGCUCUUUUUUUUACUGAAGAAAGAAUGUGAAAUACAUGCCGCAUGCAAGAA